AUGAUGGAUGAUAUUGAGGCCACGCUUAACCGCAUGGUGGCGUUUCCGCCCGGAACUUCGUCACGAGAAGCAGCAGUGGAUUUGCAAAACACCACUCGUGCUCUGGAGCUGGCGGACCAAGUUCCUCUCUUGACGGAGACGUGCAUGUCGCUUUGCGUUGAGUUAAUGGAGAACUCAUGUGCCCAGUCUGCCACCGUCCAUGCGGUGUUGACGCUGCUGGCUCGCUGUUGCAUGCGGGAGGAAAACAGGGGACUAGCAACGCGUUUUGGCGUUUUUGGUUUAUGCAUUCUUCUUCUUCAAGUCCACAGGAGCUUACCAGAAGAUACACUUUUUGCCACCUUUGAUCUGAUUAGUACGCUCUGCAUGAAUGACGGGAACACGCGUAGGAUGUUACGUCCCUCGAUUCCUUACGUCAUAGAGGUCAUGCGAGAGCGGGCAGAGUCACUCCAACUAGCGUUUGGGGGCGCGGUUGUGUUGGCCACCUUAACGAUGCUUGACAGCGCCAAUGCAACCCUUGCUGUGGAACAGGGUUGUGUUCAACUGUUGAUUGCCUCCUUUAUCGGCGCGUAUGAUAAAAGGCGACAGCUGGGGUGUCGGCGCGCCCCUCACGCGCUACAGAGUAAAAAGGAAGAGGAGCAGCGGCUGUGUGAAAACGUUAUGCGUUGGUCACGUGAUGCCUUGCGGAAGCUGGUUCAAUCCCCUUCACCUGCCGUAGAUGAGAAGUUGGAGGCGGCCGACUUUGGAAACUACGGCAGCCGCGUUGAGGUGGACGACCUGAAGUGGACGCUGAAGUUUGAGCGAAGAAAGGCGAGGGCCAGUCCUCCGUGA